GGAGCUUCGAAUCUCUCUCCCUCCGAGCAAAGCAAGGCACAGCGGAGCCGACAUGAACAGAUUCAAAUAGAGGACGAGGGGUCUGUUAGGGUUCCCUUUCGAUGGGGGCUUCCCCAUCCCUCCGCUUCCUUCUCCUUUGGAUCGCCAUCGCCGCGGCCGCCGACGAGCUCUACUGCGACAGCUGGAGGCUCUCGGUGGAGACCAACAACGCCGGGUCCUGGCGCACCGUCCCUCCUCCGUGCCGCGGGUUCGUCGAAGAGUAUAUGAGCGGCGAGCGGUACGCAUCCGAUUCUAACGUUGUGGCCCUCGAAUCUCUGGCGUUCGCCAAGAGCGUCCAGAUCACCGACGACGGGAAGGACGCCUGGAUCUUCGACGUCGACGAGACGCUUCUCUCGAAUAUCCCUUAUUAUGCGUCCACCGGAUACGGAUCAAAGCUCUUCAAUGUGACUUCAUUCAAUGAAUGGGUUAAUUUGGCAAGUGCACCAGCUUUACCAGCCAGUUUAAGGCUGUAUGAAGACCUCUUGAUCCUUGGAUUUCAAAUGAUUCUCCUUACUGGGCGAACUGAAUCUCAAAGGAAAAUCACAGAAGACAAUCUAUUGUUAACAGGAUACGGGUAUUGGAAACGCCUCAUAUUGAGGGAAGCGUUGGAUUUGGGCAAGCCUGCAGUGAAGUUUAAGUCGGAACGGAGGGCGGAAUUGGAAGGCGAAGGGUUGAGGAUUCAUGGCAACUCCGGGGAUCAAUGGAGCGACCUGUUGGGCUCCACAAUGGCCAGGCGAUCUUUUAAACUCCCAAAUCCCAUGUAUUAUAUUGGUUGAACAAACGAAUUCACAUCAAUACAAAUUGGCUAAUCUUAUGUACAUAUGCAACGUUGUGUUUAUUGCUAAGAUAAACUAGUGUCUAGUCCUUUCCUGGUUU